AUGGCGGAGUCACCUCCAAUGCCUGAAAACCGCACCUGCGUCAUGUGUCCGCGUCGAGGCGAGAAGGUCUGCAGUGGCUGCAAGACUGCGAGAUACUGCUCCAAAGAUUGCCAGAAGCUCGACCACAAGAAUCACAAGAUCUUCUGCGGCAAGGCCGAGACACUCAGACCAAGUAAAGAUCAUUUCAGAGCCCUCUUCUUCCCUGGCGGCGACGCUCUUCCAAGAUUUGAGUGGAUCUUGGAUCCUAAUUACGCUCUUCCCAACCUCUUCGGUGAUCGUGGCAUAGACGUCAGGAAGUUCAAACACAACACCAUUCAAGCACGCGAUAUUGGCAUUGACGAUCCACCGAAUCUCGCAAUGCGUGCUUUCACUCGCGGUGGCACUGCUGCGUGGAACACUCGGGGUCCCUGGCUGAUCUUUCACUACGUUGAGGACGGUAAGGAAGGUGACGACUCCUACAUCGACAUGAAUAUGCACGAUGUGCGAAGCGCUGCUGAUGUCAUCACUGUCAUCUACGAUGAUCUUCCACAGGGCCCUGGCAACCUGGACAAAGACCUCAAGCCCCCUGUACAAGUUGCACGCAACGGAUGCGACAUCUUGUUUGCUCUCGAGGGCAGUGGUAUCGCGAAUCUGCUGGGGCUGCCCAUGUUCGUUCGUCCGAUGGGGUUCCAGAGCACGUUGAAACAAGCGGGUCGAAAUUCAAAGGGCGCGUUGCUCAUGACCGACAUCACUUCCGAAGCAGUCACAGACUUCGUUCUCAAGAAGCCCGGUGGUGUGCCAGUGAUGACUACCGAAGGUGUUCGGGCCAUGAUGUGUGGGGAGCAAGAAGACCACCAGGGCAGCUAUGGCUUCGGAACCCCACCUGCAUCAUUUUGCAGCGACGAGGUUGGACCCGUGCUCAUCUGUCGUGCUGACAACAAACCGCUACUUACCGGUCACAUCGAGGCACUCUGCGAUUACAUUAAGGUAGUCAUCGACCCUCAAGUUCAGGCCGCAAAGCAGAGACUCAACGUCGGCGAAGUAAUCCAGAAUCGAGAGGAGAUUCUCACCGGCAUCACCAAGGCUAACUUCCUCGCGCAUUGGGAGAAGUUCAAAGAGGACAAGAUCAAGGCUCAGGCUAGCGAGGCGCACCCUGAAUGGACUCCGAAAUACCCGUCUCCAUACGAAAUGAUGGGCAAGACUCUGGAAAGCGUCAACCGAUUCACAGAGACCAUCUACUCGAAGCAGAUCGAAGGAGGCAUGAAGCAGGACUCCGAGAUGCCAGACAAGGCAAAUACCUCGGCGCUCAGAGCUCAACUCUACAUAGCUCGGGGUCCACAUGGACUUUGA